CUAAUUUGCUCCAAGCGUUGUGGGGGGAGGGCAGAGGAGCAGGGAAGAUGACGACGAGAUUGAAGAAGAACAGGAAGAAGAGAGGUCAUGUGAGCGCCGGCCACGGCCGUAUCGGGAAGCACAGGAAGCAUCCGGGAGGUCGAGGUAACGCCGGAGGUAUGCAUCACCACCGAAUCCUCUUCGAUAAAUACCAUCCUGGUUAUUUCGGCAAAGUCGGUAUGCGAUACUUUCACAAGCUUCGCAACAAAUUCUACUGCCCCACUAUCAACAUCGACAAGCUCUGGUCGUUGCUUCCUCAAGAAGUGAAGGACAAGGCUUCUAAGGAUAACGCCCCCUUGAUUGACGUCACUCAAUUCGGGUACUUCAAGGUGUUGGGCAAAGGGGUUUUGCCUGAGAAUAAGCCCGUCGUCGUCAAGGCCAAGCUCGUGUCUAAGAUUGCUGAGAAGAAGAUUAAGGAGGCGGGAGGAGCUGUUGUCCUCACUGCCUAGGAUAAAAGGGUAUUGGGUUAUUAUCAAUUUUGAAUUAUUGAGACCUUUCACGUUGUUACAGUCAAUAUUUGAGGAUUUGAAUAUAUUUUUAUUAAUUAGCGUGAACGUGAACUCGCCUACUUGCAACACUAAUCUGAUUUAUUAUGUUGAAUAA